GCGUGGGUCAAGAUAUCGUAGGUCGGCACUGUUGGGUCAAGUCCUGGUCGGUCACCGAUGCGUGUCUUGGUGGAGGGAGGGGGACAAGCUUGAGGCCAGUCCAUGUAUCAAUGGAUGUUGCUGGAAGUAUUGCACAGACACGUCGUGCGACUUGUACUUGACGGAUGCAACCACCACCUCAGGGAACAUCUAAGAGUGGCGACAUUUUCUUGUCACUUGUGACACUGUCCAUGUCUUUCAGCCUGCGAAAGCCGGCCGACCUCGACUCGAUUGUUCAUCAAGCUGACUCCAAGAUCAUGGAAACGAUAUCGCUCUCGAUUGCUCCUGGAUCCUCGUCGACGGUGCGCUCGCUGGGUUUCCACUUGAUGAGAUUUUGCCUCACACUCCGCGGAGCCGAGACUCUCGUCUCCGAAUCCGAAUCGCUCGUUGCCAUUCUGGACGAAGCCGACGAGGUCUCAGAAGCAGCCAUUGGACUCCUGGCCGACUGCGCCUCAAGCCAUCCCGAAGCCGUUUUGCCGUUGAUAUGCGGCCGGAUGGACUCGGGUUCCGUCGGCAAGCGCCGCAACGCCUUGCUGGUUUUGGAGGAAAUCGUCUCGAUCAACAAAGGCGUGAUACAGCACCAUCGCCGAUCUGGCCUGAGGGACAUGCUCUGUGGACAACUCUUGAAUCGCCUCGGGGACGACGACAUCAAGCUGAGAAAUAUCACGACCCGUCUCUUUCGGAUGCUUGCCCUCCAACUUUUGCUGCCCAAGCUGACUCCGCUGCUGGAGCACACCGAUGCACGGAUCCGAGCUGCAGCUGAGGCUUCCCUCGUGCUGGUUCUGUCCGAGGGCCGCCCACCGACCAAGAACAUCGAGAUGUUUAUUGAGUUCAUGAGGAACUGCUACUGCGGAGUUGCCGACGAUCAAAACAUGAUCUCUCCAGAAAUCCGGUCUCCAAAUGACAUUCGACCCACAGGAGCGACACAGACGCCCGCAAAGGAGGUUGCAGACAAGAGGCUCUCUUAUCAGCUGCGAGUCAUCUCCAAAUGGGCCGGCGCGCUCAGCCCCGAGUCGUGGAUGGAAACGCUGCCUGUGAUUCUCGCCAAAUGCUACUCGUCCCCAGGAGACACAGUUCUUGUUCGUGCACUCAGCGCGAUGAGCGCAUACUGGACUGACCAUAAUGUCAUCGGCGCCAUUUGUCGCCAAAUCCUUGACAUUGCGGUCGCCCAACCACGACUGACAGACGAGCUUCUCAAUGAUCCGAGUCCAGACUCGGCCGACCAAGUCCGAGGGUUGUUGUUUGCGCGAUUGAGUCCUAUGCUGGUAUUCAAGGUGCUCUCGAUUCCUGCCAUCGGCUCAUUCGCUCUUCGGUCUGAGGCCGAACGAAACCAAGCAACCGCGGAGUGCCGAGCAAAGACUAGUAUGGAUUCCUGUGCUGAAAGUAUCGCAGACUACCGUCCACAUCAGUCAGAUAGCUGCAACGAGCCUCAUGGCCAAAGCAGAGACGAGGGUAAUCCGGAUGUGAGCAACCACGGCGACUCUGUUGCUGAUGCCGAUCUCUGCCCCCGGCUCGUCAACGAGUUUAUCACCCGGAUCGAGUCGACGAUGGAGUAUGAAGAAGUUCGAAGGCUGGCCGCAGAGCUGGUCGCGCGCUUCCCUCUGGAACUUAUCGGCGACUUGCUGGUUGAUAAGUUUGAGCACUCGAUCGGUGAGCAGCAGUGGCUUAUGGCUCGAUCGUAUGUGUUUGCGCUCUGCAACAUGAUCGCCACACAUCAAGAUCUGUCGAUCUCGACGGUGCGCUCGACCUCGCCGCUCCAGCCGCAGCAGUCGACCAGGCUUGUCGCUGCGGCUCUCAGGGUCAUGAUGUCGUCCGAGAACACAGCAGACAAGAACACGAUGAAGAGCCUCGAGGCCGGAUGUCUGGAGUGUUUGGCGCUGCUCGUCUCUGUCUGCUCCACAAAGCGCUCGCAGCAAGCCGCAGUCAAGGCCGACGCUGCGAGGGCGAGAAUUCAGGAAAUUGAUGCCACCGACAUAGCCGCUGGACCUGCGACGUUAUCCCCGCUCAACGACGUUGUCGAUGCCAUGCUCUAUCUCUGCCAUCCACUUGCCUUGGUCGAGGCCAGCGAACCGAGCCAGCCAAGUGACGAGUAUGCAGCGCUGUCGAGAUCGAGCUACUUUAAGGAGCUGUACACAUCGCUGCGGUCGAUCUGCAUCCUGCCCCAAGACCAGCGGCGAUCACCGUCGGCAUCAGGGACGAUCCGGUAUGAGGUCGCGACACACUUUUGCAACGCCGUGGCGACGGCAGUCAACCAUCUCUCUCCGCCCAAGUCGACUGGCACCGCCGCCCAAGCUGACUCCGAGUCGAGUAUUCGAGAUGCCAAGCAUCAGGGCUUGCUCUGGCUGGCAAGUCGCAGCUAUCGUCGUUUCCUGGAUGUGGCGCACUGGGCCUCGGGCCAGGUCGGCGUCUUUCCCGAGCUUGAUAUCGUUGGAGGAUCCUGUUUUCAGACACUGUUUCGUUUUGUGUACGGUCUCCGAAGCGAGAGCGAUGCGUGGAUCCCAGACACGAUGGAUGUGUGUCUUGUCGGUCUCCGGAGCAGCGGAAGGCUGAUCCACAACCACGCUCUCAAGCUGAUGACGGCCUGUAUUGGAACAUCCACAAAGUCCCUGGCUGAUCCUCUGAGGUCGCUGCAGACCCGGAAGACGCUCGAAGACUUUGUUCGGACGACGAACGACCCGAGCAGCAAGGAGCUGGCGCAACGAGUCAUGGCCAACAUGUAAACGGAUCCAUGCUUCUCAUGGCGCUCGACCAAACCGGAUGAACCGACCGGAGCGUGCCGGUCAGGCAAAGUGGCACAGAG